UUCCUCGCGAAACCGUCAAUUUACGCUAUUAAACAGUUUCAUUUCCAUAAAUAGAUUCCCAAUAUCCGAAAACCUACAUUUUUUCAUCCGAAUAUCCAGAAAAAACAAAGUAAAUUUCCUUUUGCUCCGAUUAAAUCUUCGCUAAUUUUGUUUAUUGCAGGUUGAUAGUAUCCAUGAUGGCACAUGGCAUCUCAUGUUGAGCCCCGUUGCAUGCUUAAAUUGGGCUGAGAAACAUGCAUGUUAGAUGUUUGUUUUGGAGCAAAAGAAGUGUCACCUCUUUCUUUGUUUCGUUAGGCCAAAAGUUGAAAAUGCAGGGAGGCAGAGACCCUUUUUCCAAUUUUGGUAAUUCUUUUGGUAGUUUCGGUGGUUUUGGCGGAUUUGGAGAUCAGAGGCGUUUAUUAUCUGGUUUUUUUGGAGGCAGAGACCCAUUUGAUGAUCCUUUCUUCACAAACCCAUUUGGAGGCAUCUUUGGGUCGACCCCUUCUGGUCCUAGGGGAGGCCCGGUCAUGGACUCGCACAUGUCUGGAUUUCUAGAACAACAACCUUCUUUCCCUUUCCAACAGCCUUCUGCACUCUCCCAACAACCUUCUGCUCCCUUCCAGCAGCCUAGGUCUAGGGGCCUUGUUAUUGAGGAGUUGGACUCUGAUGAUGAGAAAGAGGAAAAUGAUGUUCCAAAAGAGAGGAAACAGAACACGAGAAAGCAUGUUAGGCCAAGAACUGAUCCUUUUGUUGAAUAUCCAGAUGAUGAAGCAGGAGAGAGGAAGAGUAAGCAGAUGGUGUUCCAGAAUGAUUUCCAGAGAGCAAAUAAUGAACGGCAGCCUCAAGUUCGUAGCUUUAGCUUUCAGAGUUCUACUGUCUCUUAUGGUGGUGCAAAUGGCAACUAUUACACUUCUUCCAAAACCAGGAGGACUGGAAGUGAUGGACUGACGUUUGAGGAAAGUAAAGAAGCUAAUUCAGCUACUGGGAAAGCAAAUCACAGGGUUUCAAGGGGAAUACAUAAUAAGGGUCAUUCUUUGUUGCGUAAACUUGAUUCAGACGGUAGGGUGGACACCAUGCAGACGUUGCACAACCUUGAGGAAAAUGAACUUGAUGGAUUUGAAGAAACCUGGAAAGGAAAAGCUAGAAAUCAGCUACCUGGCCUCUAUGGAGGGUUUAAUUUACAAGGUGAUACUGGGUCUGGGAGCAGUGUCCAGAAUGGUGCAAAUAGGGGUGGAUGGGCACUUCCUUCGACUGAGAAAGCGCACCAUUCAGGGAACCUUGGACCAGGGGUAGGGAAUGCAGCUGGCCCUUCCCAUGUAAUGCAUUCACAACGGCCAAAAACAGUUGCUGGCAAUGUUAUGGGUUCUUCAAAGGCCACUACUGCUAGUAAUAUGGAUAAAGCGAAGAAACGUUGAAGCAUUUGCUGCAAAAUUUUUGACGCUGCUUCCCAAUAUAUGUAGUUAUAUAUAGCUACUCUAGUGAUACAUAGCUGCUCUAUGCACUCUAUCCUUCCUACAUGCUACCACCGAAUAAUUCUGCUGGCAAUGUAGUGGCAAAUUUGUCUAGCUGUUGUAAUGUGUUACCGCCUUGACUGGUGGUAUGAGAGAGAUUGGUCAGGGAUCUUGAACGUAAUCACUUAAUAUUAGUAGCUUAUAGUCUUGGUUGA